UCGGCCGCGAAAUCGAAACUGCAAGUGCCAGGAAGAAGUGCAUCGAGGACGAGGACGAGCAAGGAAGCCUUACGUUGCUGCUACUGCUGCCAUAGACUGCGGCGGCUUAGUUGAGUGGUCACCCGGCGCUGAUAAGAUGCUGUCGGUAGUGCCCUUCCUCAUGCUGGUGGCACUAGCGGCCCCGCAAGCUAGUCGGUUCCGUGCCGACUUCCCGGGACCGUACUGUGCGUCACGGAAGUACGAUAGCUGCUGCCGGGAUCGUCAGGAUGGUUGCUCACAGCCCAUUUCGACUACACUCUGCUACUGUGACCAGUUUUGUGAUAGGGGCGAACAUGGUGAUUGCUGCCCGGACUACGAAGAGGUGUGCCUAGGAAUCCAGCCGCCCGAAAACAGACCCUCGUGUCUGCACAAGAAGCACUACUUCACACCCUACGAUGCGCCCGUAGUCGACAACUGCAACACCUGUAAGUGCAAUCUGGACGGAACGGUAACGUGCACGGAUAAUUUGUGCCUGGUGGAUGACGAUCUGCUGCGACAAUUGCACCACCUCGAACGCACGGUGGGCUGGAAGGCGGGCAACUACAGCGAGUGGUGGGGCCGAACGUACGACGACGGCAAGGUGCUUCGCCUGGGCACGUUCCAGCCAAAGUUCCUGGUGAAGGCCAUGAAACGGUUGACCAACAAGGGAGGCCCUCUGCCGAGUCAGUUCGACGCCAGCGAGCACUGGCCAGGACUCAUCAAUGGAGCGCGUGACCAAGGCUGGUGUGGCUCGUCCUGGGCAUUCUCGACGACAACCAUGGCGUCCGAUCGGUUCGCUAUACUCUCGAAGGGCCGCGAACUGGUCCAGUUGGCCCCGCAGCAGAUGCUGGCCUGCGUCCGGGGUCAGCAAAGAUGCAACGGUGGCCACCUGGACAAGGCCUGGCAGUACCUGCGUAAAGUGGGAGUGGUGAACGAAGAAUGCCACCCGUACGUGGCAGCCAAGAACGAGUGCAAAAUCAAUGCGGACGAUACGCUCGUCAGCGCGGGAUGUGAGCUGCCGAUCCACGUGAACCGCACCGCCUUGUACCGAAUGGGCCCAGCGUACAGUCUGAACAACGAGACCGACAUCAUGACCGAAAUCAAGGAACGUGGCACUGUACAGGCCAUUCUGCGAGUUUAUCGAGACUUCUUCUCCUACAAGAGUGGCGUCUACCGCCAUUCGGUGGCCUCCACACCGGCCGAGGAACGGUCGGGGUAUCACUCGGUGCGGCUGAUUGGUUGGGGCGAGGAUCGCGUCGGUUACGAGGUGGUGAAGUAUUGGAUUGCUAUUAACUCGUGGGGCCCCUGGUGGGGAGAGAAUGGCCGGUUCCGCAUCCUGCGCGGUGCCAACGAGUGCGACAUCGAGAGCUACGUUCUUGCCUCGAACCCCUACGUUCACGAGCACGUCCAGACGGUACGCAAGGUGGGAGGACUGCAGGAAAUGAUCGUCAGCACGGGCUACGAACCGCAUCCAUCCCGUCAGCGCAACUAUCCGAGGCACCGAAGUGGCUAAACUGGGGCUUCCACAAACGACAAGAAGUGCCCCGUGUCCCAAAAGUUUCUCAGACAACUCGCACGCCCGGCCCGGCUGUUUGGUACCCGAUAUCCCGAUAUUUCCCCCCCCCCCAUUUUCCCCGUUAUACUAGCUGUGAAGCUGCAGGCAGUAUUAAAGGACGACGACGGUACGAUGAGCGUGAAACGACGGCCGACAAGUAAUGGGAAGAGCAAAAACAAGUAGUUUAUCCCUGCUUGGACCCCUUUUAGGAUUACAUUUCGCAGAAAUGAGUUGAGAUAGUGACGUAGAAGACAAAAUUGCAAGCCAAAGCGACUAGCUUUUCGAAAGGCCGCAGCGUGAAACUUAAAGCUACCCAGCGCUAAAAACACACUCCUGCCCUGCACUUAACCAAAACUGCUUUCGAUGGUGUUCAUUGUACGAAAAAAAAAGAAAACAAACAAAUUGUUUAAUGUUUUAUGAAAACGUCAUCUAUUGUUUUUGUGUAGCAUAACUAACUGUAUAGGGAGUUCCACGAUCCCCACAUAUCGAUGGGCGACGUUUUAGAUGGGAGAACUUUUUUGUUUGCUAUAUUUAACAUUGAUCUUUCGUUUAUAUCAAUUUCUUUUGAGUAAAUUGCUCUCAUAAAUUGGAUCGGAUCCGUUUUGCGAAACCAAUGGAUCCCUCUCUAUCUCUGUCGACAAAAAUGUGCCAAAAAGGAUGUAACGAGAUCAUAUUUUUGUCACAGUGUCUCCCCACUUUGGCCCAUCUUUCUGUGCCACUCGUUAGGAUUAUGCUGUUUGUUUUUUAAGUUUUCAAAAAAAAAAUUGUCUAUAUUUAAUGAUAUUAAUGUCAUUUAUUCACUAUACCUAUGUAAUAACGAUGAUUAUACAAUAAAUGGAAUUAAACCGGA